AUGCUCGUAGCCUGGAAGGGUUCAGAACAGGCCCUGAGAAUCCCAGCCCGAAUUAUUACUGCAGGACUGGAGGAAGAGCGGCAGGCGGGAGCUCCCGCAGACCCCACAAGAAUCUCAGCGCUGUCCGAGGGCGGCGUCGAGGGCCUGGCCUUGUGUCGGGACGAGUCGGUUGCGAACUUGACUGCGGCUUUGCCCCCACCAGGACCUGGUCCCUGGGGACUGGAGGCCGCGCGCUUCUCUGCCAAGGCUUCCUCAGGGAAGGAAACUCACCGCCCUUCUCUGCGGGCGCAGGUGCAGGCCAAGCUGGAGAACGCGGAGGUGCUGGAGCUGACGGUGCGGCGCGUCCAGGGUGCGCUGCGGGGCCGGGCGCGCGAGCGCGAGCAGCUGCAGGCAGAAGCGAGUGAGCGCUUCGCUGCUGGCUACAUCCAGUGCAUGCACGAAGUGCACACGUUCGUGUCCACGUGCCAGGCCAUCGACGCCACGGUCGCCGCCGAGCUCCUGAACCACCUGCUGGAGUCCAUGCCGCUACGCGAGGGCAGCAGCUUCCGGGAUCUGCUGGGGGACGCCCUGGCCGGGCCGCCUGGAACCCUUGGGCUGAAUGGCUGGCCUGCGGGAGGGGUUCCGGGGUCCCCACUACCGAGCCCCCCAGGUCCUGGGGACGACUUGUGUUCCGACCUGGAAGAAACCCCUGAGGCUGAACUGAGUCGGGCACCUGCUGAGGGGCCAGACUUGGUGCCCGCGGCCCUGGGCAGCCUGACCGCGGCCCGAAUAGCCCAGAGUGUCUGGAGGCCUUGGUGACCAAUACUGGCCAGGGUCCUGCGGGGGUGAGCCUGGACUCUUUCCCUGCUCUUCUCCCUCCUCCCUGGGGUUCAGAUAUGGUGGGGCGGGACCCUGGGUGUCUCCCUGGUCUGCCUUCCCUCCUCCAAUGGAUGGCUUGCAGGGUAGCCCCUGAUAACCUGCCCAGCCAGGCCCCCAGCCCUGUUUCCUGAGGAAAUAACAUUUGUGGACCCAAGAGCUCUGGAGUGGGUGGAGGGAGGGAGCUACAGGCAGCCUUCUCUGGCACUGUGUGGGACCUGGGGGCAGAGGCGACAGGAGUGCUGCUGAGCCUCUCCUCGGUGCUGGGCACUAGUGUCCCAGGCAGGGGCACUCAGGCCCUGGCAGCCCUGAGCUAAACAGAAGCUUGAAUUUGCCACUGCAGCCAGUAGACAAGGGGAGGCAGGUGCAUUUUGCAGCACCGUUUGGAGCUGUGAGGCUCUCUGUGCAUUUUGUUUGUAGCAUAAUUGAGGUUGUGUAUUCAGCUGCCAUCAAGUGUUAAAAUUUUAUUAAAUAAAGAAUUUUGAAGUUAAUUGCGGGAAGUA